CGACGAUGCACCUUGAAGCGAUCGUCGCGCACCAUGCAUCUACGAUCAAUGCGCUCGUGCGAACGGUUUGGGUGGUCCUGAGCCUGACUGCGUUCCUGAGCACUGUAUUCCCACCGCUUCGUCGCUUGUCUCUCCAUGGACGUCUCCAAUCGAGCUCGACGCCCUCCGUCCUGAUGGUGCGCAAGAGUUGGUUUGGGUACUUCUACUUCGUCGGGUGGACGUGGAAUGGUCUCGUCCUUGCGCUCGUCUUCCUGUGGAGCACGUCGCCGUCGUCUCCUUUGGCAUGUUCGGGUGCGACGCUCCUCUGCCUUGUGUGCCUCGAAUGCCACUUGUUUCGUCGCAUGCUGGAGAGUGUGUCCAUCACACAAUUUGGCAACUCGACCAUGCAUGCCGCAGGUGCGCUUCCUCGUAUUGGCCUCCUCUUCAUCUUCGUUACGUAGCCCUGAUACUUGGCACGGGGCACUACAUUUUGGUGUCGCUGUCGAUCGUGUUGGACAACGGCGCCAAGACGCCGCUGUCCUUGGCCUGGUUUGACAUCCUCCUUCUUCUCAGCGGCGUCGGGCUCUUCCUCGUCGCCUCUGCACAUCAAAUGAAAUGCAACGCGAUCUUGGCGUCGCUGAAAGCCGCGUCGCCGAAUCCAUCGUACGGCGUCCCGAAGGGCGACUGGUUUGACUUGACGUGGAGUCCGCUCUACUUGUGUGAAGUGCUCCUGUACGUGGCCUUUGUCCUCAUGACCCAAGGCCGGAACGAAAACGUUUGGUGGAUUGCUCUGUGGGUGUCGACGAACCAAGCCAUCUCUGCCCAUCGGGGAAAAGGCUGGUACUUGGACACAUUUCCAGCCGCUCGCACCGCCCAGCGCGCCACGUUGAUUCCUUAUGUGUGGUAGCUAGCCAUCGCAUGCCAUGCGCAUGCACUUGUCAAUACGUCCGAGAUGCUUCCAUCGCCCGUGCGCUCGACGCACGGAACCACACUCAUCGAACUCGCUGCCACGGUGCGAAAG